UAAACGCUCUCAUGGUUUCGGCCGCUAGCUUGUGCUGAUUAGCUGCGGUGGGGGUACAGCAUUCUGUGGGAGGAACUCUUUACGAUGGAUGAUGAAGAUUUGGACGAGUUGCUGGAUGAAGUCGAGAAAAAGUUUUGUCGCAACGUUUCAAUCGCGUCCUCAGCGACUCGCACCAACUCAAAUGUGGCUGGAAAAGACGAGAAAGACAAAGACGGACAGAAAAAGCACGGUGCCACAAAGCCUAAACGGUCAGUGAACAGUGUCACUGAGGAUAUUGACGCCCUGCUGGAGGAAUUACAGGAGGAAGACUGCAGUCCUUUCCCUCAGCCAAAGGCUGAGCAGUUUCCUAAAGGGCCACAUGUGGAAAAGAGGCUUCCAUCUCAGUCAGGAGGAAGAAAGUGCUGUCCUGUUUUUAUUGGCGGGAGCUCUGUCGCAAAUGGUGUCGGAACAGCCGCAUCCAAGAGAUCAUGUGACCAGCUGAGGUGUAUAUCCUGCGACUUUCGGGUGCUGAUGUUUGAUGACUGUGAGUGGGAUUCAACCUGUGAUUACCUGUUCCUCAGGAACAACAUGCCGGAACGUCAGAAGCUUGGAACCAAGCUGAAGAAGAGGAGAGGCUUGCGGGCGUACGCCUGCCAGUGCAGCUGGAUCUCCACGUUAGAGCCGACAGACCUCAGGGACCAACCUCAGCUCAGAUGGGUCUGUGGCAAACACCAAGACUGAUUUUCCCUAACCCCUAACCCUCGGUGCUAGAAAGACUGUUCAAGUAGUACAAAAAAAACCCUCCAAAAUUUCUGAAA